AUGGCCGCAUCAGCACUUCCAGUUUCCCUCGCACCUGCCCUCAACGACCGCGAUGCCAUCGCCGAUGCCCUCUACCGCGGAGUCAUUGCCCUUGAUACAGCCGACGAGGUUCUCUUCAAAUCUGCCUUGACCGAGGACGCCGUCUUGGUCCUCAACGGCACCGUCAUGGAAGGCUACGACGCCAUAUACAGCGGGUGCUAUGUCAACAUCGCCAAAUUGGACACCAACCAUUUCCUCACCAACAUGCGUAUCAACAUCACCGAAGCAUCCAAGGCUCAGGUAUCAUGCUCUGCUCUUUCUCAACACUACCGCGGUGGAGAGGGCAUGAAGCCCAGCUCUGACUUCCUGCUUGCUGGUGGACUGUAUGCGGUCGAGCUUGUCAAGGAUGCUGGGGACGGAUUGUGGAAGAUUAAGCACUGGACCCUGAAGACCACUUGGGGACAGGAUCCAUACAUUUUGGAUCUUGUCCGCCGCUUCUAUGCCGGGCACGCCUUCGACUAUAGUGACCCUGAAUGCUCUCCUGAGAUCCGCCGGCACACUGCCGGGAUGCUGGCGUAUGCGUCGGACUGCGUGACCAUGGCCGACACGACGCAGCUCUGCUAUAAUUCCAUGGGCUGUGCUGGUGAUCGCUACGUUGCUCUCGAUCUAUUCCGUAGUACUAUCGCGGAGACGAGGCCCGAGGCCCCUCGGCCGUCGUGGUUUCUAGCAUUGACUGUAUUCGGACGCAAGGUGGACAUUGAGGGAGAGUACUCUCGUGAUGCGCGACCAGAUGAUCAUAAAUUUACGGUGGGGUUGAUGGUGAGUCUGAUUGACCUGGCAGAGCUUGAUUUACUACACUCGACGGCCACUCUAUCAACCAUUGAGCGACUGCAGAAACUGAGCAGCUCGAUCGAGCAGAUUUGCGAAAUAGAAGGCGUCCCAGGUGUCUCUAUUGGAGUCCUUGACCAUGGAGAAACUUUGUGGACCGAAAGUUUCGGUUUCCGCGACAAAUCCAAAACAGCACAUCCAGACGAAAACACCCAAUAUGGCAUCGGGCACAUCACCAUGUCGAUGGUAGCUGCUGGUGUUGGGACACUUGUGGACGAUGGAAAGCUUCAGUGGACAACGCUCCUGAGAGAAAUAAUACCCGAUAUUGAUCACACUGGUGUCUACUGGACCCACACAGCCACAAUAGCUGAUAUUCUAGCGCAUCGCUGCGGGUUGGAUGGAGAAAUUGCAACUUUACUAGCCGACGGUGGAAAUGGGGACACACAACCAUGUCUCAAAGAGUUCUCAAAAGCUAUCGACCGCAUUCCUCACCCACUUCCACACCGUGAGAGCUGGCGGAUGAGUCCGUGGGGAUACACAAUUGCUGCGCACAUAAUCGAGCAUAUAUCUGGACAGUCACUUCACGAAUAUCUUCAGGAUCAAGUAUUCCGCCCGCUUGGGAUGACGUCUACCACUUUGCGGCCAUCGUUUGAAGGGAGCAACAAUGUUGCUGAACCACAUGCUUCACUUAGCAACGGGGAGGCUUGUCCAUUACAAUUUCAACCCAAUUUUGCGAAUACGCUAUUCGAAAGUUCACGCGGAGGUUAUUCGACCGUGAGUGACCUUCUCAUAUGGUCCAAGAAAACAUUGGUUGCGAGCCAGAAUAUCGCGGCAUCCAACAACCCAGUCUUGAAACAAAUUCCGCAUAUAAUUAGCAACCAUAUCGCAAUGAAGAAUCCAUCAUUGCUGGAACGAUCGUACGGGUUUGGCUGGGCGAGAGCACAGCUUCCUGGAAUCGUGGGCCUGCUCGGUGGAAAUUCAGAACUUUGGGAAAUGUCUGAGCAACCUGUAUUUGGGGCUGGAAACCAGUCUAGGCUCAUGAUUUAUCACCAAGGCGGAGGACCGGGAUACUCGUCAUUCGUUGCUAUCUUCCCUGAGACACAGUCAGCCGUGGUAGUCCUCAUGAACACCACUGCGAUAAGCGAUGCUGCUGACUGGAUUGCCCGACUCCUGAUCGAGGGCCUCUUCGACUUCACCAACCCCACCGAUUAUGUGAGACUCGCAGAAGAAGCUAAAAGACGGACGAUUGAACGAUUUGCUACACUACAUAAUAGGUUGGCCGAGGAGCGAAUUCAAGGAGCACCGCCAUUGCCCCUUAAAUGCUACGUCGGCAAGUAUGACAAUAAGGACUAUAAGUACAGGCUAGAAAUCACCCUCAGUCCAGAGUCAGAAAGUGACCUUAUGAUUUCCUUCCGAGGUCUAGACUCAAAGUUCUACCCACUCCGGCACUACCACGGCCACGUCUUUGAGUGGAGUAUGAGCUUUGAUGAAGUCAGGAAGAGUGGGAGAUACGAUAUCACAGAUCCCUCAUACUAUAAGAUUCGCUUCGAAAUCUAUCCGGACAACCGAGCCUCUCGCAUAAUCUGGAAUAUUCACGAUGCAUCGGUUCCAGGCGGACUGGCCCUCGAGUGGAAAGAUGAACGUCUUGCGGAAGCAUGGCGUGCAGUAUGUGCCGGUAUGAACCACUUCGUUUCAAAUCAUGAUACAUGUAGGGUUCGCUAG